UGAAGGUUUAGGAAGACAAGUCUUGUCGAGGUUAGUUGAACGCCCCCUACACUUGCCUUGAGAGAGAGGCGAUCACAGGAUGUUCAUCCUCAUCCAUGCCCCCUUUCUGUAUCCCCUUCGUUUCAGCUCGCACUGUGCAAAUCUUGUUUCUGUGUGAGAUGAUUCGGGAGGCGAAAAAGAAGCCUGCAGGAUGAUGAGGGGAUGAACAUUUUUCUGGAAAAAAUCUCUUUUCACAGAGGCCGUCCCCAAACGAGGCACAAGAACUAACUGUCGCCCUUGCUAUCAGACCUUCAUCAAGAUGCAGAUCUUCGUCAAGACCCUUACGGGUAAGACUAUCACCCUUGAGGUGGAGUCCUCCGACACCAUUGACAAUGUCAAGUCCAAGAUCCAGGACAAGGAGGGUAUCCCCCCGGACCAGCAGCGUCUGAUCUUCGCUGGUAAGCAGCUCGAGGACGGCCGUACUCUUUCGGACUACAACAUCCAGAAGGAGUCCACCCUCCACCUCGUGCUCCGCCUCCGUGGUGGUGGUAAGAAGCGCAAGAAGAAGGUCUACACCACCCCCAAGAAGAUCAAGCACAAGCACAAGAAGACCAAGCUCGCCGUCCUCAAGUACUACAAGGUCGACGGUGAUGGCAAGAUCGAGCGUCUUCGCCGCGAGUGCCCCUCCCCCGAGUGCGGUGCCGGUAUCUUCAUGGCUGCCAUGCACAACCGCCAGUACUGCGGCAAGUGCCACCUCACCUACGUCUUCGACGAGUCCAAGUAAAUUGGCCUUUGACAAGUCGCCUAUCUUUCGCUCCAGCUGGAUGUGCUUCGAUUUUCCCCGUGGAAC